AAAGAUGUGAGAGGCUGAAGUUUUGAGCGCUCCUGGAGAGGCCCAACUAUUUUUAAAUCAGUACCCGGCCUGCUGAAACCCCAAAAUCCCAAUUUCAAAUCCCUAAUACCAGCUCAGUAUACAUACAUAAUCUAUAUCUAUAUUUUCAAAUCCCAUAGGCUGAUGAGGCUAAAGAGGCAGAAGCGUCACCGCAGGACUGUGAGGUUUUUCACAGCUUGUUUUGGAUUUAGAGACCCUUUCAAGGUUCUUUGUGAUGGCACUUUUAUUCAUCAUCUUGUAGCUCAUGAUAUCAAUCCUGUUGAUACUGCUCUCUCUAAUCUACUUGGUGCUGAAGUUAAGCUUUUUACUACUAGAUGUGUUCUUGCCGAAUUGGGUCGUCUGGGGAAUGCUUAUAGUGAUUCUCUUAGCGCAGCUCGUAAUUUUAUGGUUGCAAGAUGUGACCAUGAUAAGAGAAAGAGUGCAGUGGAUUGCAUUACUGAAAUUAUUGGUGAAAACAAUGCAGAGCACUUCUUUGUUGCUACGCAGGAUGCUGAUAUGCGGAAUGGGUUGCAGGAGAUACCUGGUGUGCCAUUAAUAUUUGGCCUGCGUAACUCCCUACUUCUUGAGCCAUUGUCAAAUUCUCAACGCCAUUUUGCAAAAUCUGCUGAAGAGGAACGAUUGCAUCUAAAUGACUUGGAGUUGAAAAUGUUGAACAUGAAAAAGUAUAGUAGACCAGUUUUGAAAGAAGAGGAUUCCCCUGAUAUGCAUGAAGGUAUGGACCAUAAAAUUAUGGGGUCCAAACCCAUUAAGUUAUUUGGUGAGGAAAAGAAAAUAGACCCAAAGGAUAAAGUUCAGUUCAAGAGGAAAAAAGCCAAGGGCCCUAACCCACUUUCAUGCAAGAAGAAGAAAACCCAAGGAACCCAGAAUAAUGCUCCAAAAAAGGAAACUAAGGAUGCUGAACAAACAGUGAGAAGCAGAAGUCGGAAAAGAAAAAGGCCGCAUAAGAGCAAAACUGUUGAGUCAACUAUUAAUCAGUAGGCAUAGGCAUGGCAGCAAAAAUAUGAGAGCUGAAAUAUCAGUAAUGAAUGAGUUGAAGUUACCCUUGUUAUGGGUAUUUCCUAGUUUUGGUAGUCAGAGACCAGAUGUUUAAAUGUCCGAGCUCCCUUGAUAUGAAACAAACUGUUUAAUCUGUUUAGUUAUAGAAUGGCUAUCAUUGUUUUGAGAUAGUUGCCAAAGUGUGCUUUGUAAUUUGUUUUUUUUUCUUUCGCAAUUUUUUUGUGAUGGCAAGGCCUAUUAAUUCAAUGCCGAACAGUUUAACAAC